UUACAUACUUUGAGUGUGAGAUUUGAACGAAUUUACACGAAAUACCGUUUGAAAGCAUUAGUUAUUUAUUUAAUAAUAAAAAUACAAUUAUUUUGUUGUUUUGUUUUCAAUUGUCCACUCAUUUCGUGAGUCUUUUAAUAAUUUAUAAUCACUUUCCGAUUGUCCAAACAAUCGGGACGUCAAACACCCGAGUGUUUGUCCUAUUGGUCUCAAUCCCCGACCACACCUUUUUCUGGCCGACAUAUAUAAUAUAUGGAUAACUUACACAAUAAUAGCGUCAGCGAUGGCGUCACCAGAGAUGAGUUGGACGGACUCACGAAAGAGGAACUGAUUGAACGCGUGGUGUCGAUGCAGUCACACAUAAGACAACUGAAGAAUAUAUUGAUGAAAAAGACUGUUCAGACCAACGGAGUCAGCAAAAAGUGUCCGAAAAAUGAAAGACCGUUUGAUUUCAGUCGAUAUAAGACGAGACACAUUGCGAUGAAGAUAUUGUACUUAGGAUGGGAUUACUUGGGUUUUACGGCACAGGAGUGGACACAAGAAACCAUUGAAGAACCACUUUUCGAUGCACUACUCAAGACAAGACUGAUUCAGUCUCGACAGACAUCAAACUAUCAUCGAUGCGGUCGUACAGACAAAGGUGUGUCCGCUUUCUCGCAAAUCAUUUCAUUAGAUAUCAGAACUAAUCUGAAGACUGGAAGAGGAGUUAUAACUCCAGAGAACUACAUUGAACGUGAAGAUCAACGCAACUCUGGUGAUAAUGAAACGAUUCAAGAGAUUAAUUAUUCACUGAUUUUGAAUAGCGUUUUGCCGGAAAAUAUUCGUGUAAUUUGUUGGUCACCGGUAGAGUCGGACUUCAGCGCCCGAUUCAGCUGCAAAUCUCGAACCUAUAAAUAUUUGUUUCCCAAAAGUAAUCUCGAUAUCGAUCGCAUGAGAAUUGCGUCCAAUUAUUUGUUAGGCGAUCACGACUUUAGAAACUUAUGCAAAAUGGAUAUCAAUAACGGUGUCAUUAAUUACAAGAGGAAAAUAUUUACUGUAGAUCUGAAACAAUUUUCUGAUGAUAACAACAUUAACAGCAAUUCCUCGAUGUAUACGUUGACAAUCACCGGAAGAGCUUUCUUAUGGCAUCAAAUCAGAUGUAUUGUUGCCCUACUAUUUCUUAUCGGUCAACAUAAAGAGGAACCCAAUAUUAUAGAAGAAUUGUUAGACAUUGACAAACAUCCAAAUAAACCCCAAUACUGUAUGUCAGCCGACUUUCCACUUAUUCUGUUUGAUUGUUCAUUUAGUGACAAUGAUAUCAAUGACUGGAUAUAUGAUAAAAAAGCGUUGACACAACUGGUAACUGAUUUGCAAAAGCUAUGGACUAGACAUGCGAUUAAAGCCGAUAUCAUUAAACUAAUGCUCAAUAGUCUGACUGAAGACCUGAAGACACGGUUUUCGUGUGAUAAUGAUUUUUCAACAUUUAGUGCACAUAUCGAGGCCUUAUCUAUGGGUGUUCGCAAUAAACUGUACAAACCAUUGCUGGAUAGACCAGUUUGUGAGAGUUUAGAAGGAAGGUUAUCAAAAUCUAACAAAAGGACCAAACUUUCAAAUCAAGUCAAUGAAUCACUAAAAUAAUUAUUA